AUGCCAGCUGGAUGCAGAGAUGCAGUGAACCCCAGUCUGAAGCAGAGGAGGAGAAACCAUGGUGAGACAGACAGACAGACAGACAGACAGACAGACAGACAGACAGACAGACAGACAGACAGACAGACAGACAGACAGACAGACAGGAGAAACCAUGGAGAGACAGACAGACAGACAGGAGAAACCAUGGUGAGACAGACAGACAGACAGACAGACAGACAGACAGACAGACAGACAGACAGACAGACAGACAGACAGACACAGACAGGAGAAACCAUGGUGAGACAGACAGACAGACAGACAGACAGACAGACAGACAGACAGACAGACAGACAGACAGACAGACAGGACAGACAGACAGACAGACAGGAACAGGACAUGGACAGGUUUGAGAGAAACCAUGGGAGAGACAGACAGACCAGACCAGGAGGAAGAAACCAUUGGGGAGGACAGGACAGACGGACAGACAGACAGACAGACAGACACCGAACCAGGGAGAAACCCAUGGUUGAGACAGACCGUACCAGACAGAUCAGAACAGGACAGAUCAGACGACAGGACAGACGACAGACAGCCAGGACAGACCAGACAGACAGACAGACAGACAGGAGAAACCAUGGAGAGAGAUCCGACAGACAGAACAGACAGACAGACAGGACAGACCAGACACGACAGACACAGACAGGAGAAAACCAUGGUGAGACAGACCCAGACAGACAGACACAGACAGGAGAAGCAACCAUGUGGAGGACAGCAGUCAGACAGACAGACAGACAGAAAGACAGACCAGACAUUGGACAGACAGACAGACAGACGAAACCAUGGUGGUACAGGACAAGACAUGUACACAUGACAGGGAGAAACCAUGGUUGAGACAGACAGCCAAGACACAGACAGGAGAAACAAUGGUGAGACAGACAGACAGACAGACAGACAGACAGACAGACAGGAGAACACCCAUGGUCAGGACAGACAGACAAGGCAAGCCAGACAGACAGCCAGACAGACAGACAGGAUAAACCAUGGUCAGACAGGACAGACGACAGAGAAACAAUUGGUGAGACAGACAGACACGGAGGAGCAACCAUGGUGAGACACAGACAGACAGAGAAACCAUGGUCAGACAGACAGGAAAGACAACAGACAGACAGGAGAAACCAUGGUCAGAAAGACAGGACAGGAGAAAACCAUGGUCAGACAGACAGGACAAAAUAAGUCUUUAGGAUUGAAGUUAGACUCAUAUCAGUGGUCAGUACUGCCAGAUCUCUCUCUGGUGGUACAAAUUAACCUGUGGAAUGGAGGUUAGUAUGGAGUAUCAACGUCUCUCUCUCUCUCUCUCUCGCUCUCUCUCUCUAUCUCUCUCUUCUCUCUCUCUCUCUCUCUCUCUCUCUCUCUCUUCUCUUUCUAUAAAAAAUGGGAAUCUCUAUCAGCCCCACCCCCCUAAUGAUUAGCGUUUUUAUCUGCUUCCUUUUUUUUCCCCUCUUUCCCUGAAAGGAUGGAGAAGUUAGAGUGAAUCGGUCCAAUGGGGCCCCCCUUUAGGGACACCAGCCCCAAUGUCCCCUCCCAAUCCAAGACCCCUCCCUCCCCCAACCUGCAGAAGAAAGGGGGAAAAAGAAAAAACCCUCAAACAAAAUGAAACCCAAUCACACACAAAGACACCCACCCCAAACCCCUACACACUGACACCCCACCUCAACCAUACACACGCACCACCUCAACAUACACCUGAAACCCCCCCACCCCCAAAAUACCACUGACACCCACCUCAACACUACACCCUGACAACCCAACCUAUAAACAUCAACACUACACACUGACACCCCACCUCAACACUACACACUGACACUCCACCUCAACACUACAUACUGACACCCCACCUCAACACUACACUACUGACAACCCACCUCAACACUACACACUGACACCCACCUCAACACUACACACUGACACCCACCUCAAACACUACAUACUGACACUCCACUCCACCUCCAACACAUAAUACUGACACCCACCUCAACACUAUACACUGACACCCCACCUCAAACUAAACUACCCCUACACAUGACACCCACCUCUAACACUACACACUGACACCCACCUCAACACUACACACUGACACCCCACCUCAACACUACAUACUGACACCCACCCUCAACACUACACACUGACACCCACCUCAACACUAGACACUGACACCCACCUCAACACUACACACUGACUCCCACCUCAACACUACACACUGACACUCACCUCAACACUACAUACUGACACCCACCUCAACACUCUACACUGACACCCACCUCAACACUAGACACUGACACUAACACCCCACCUCAUCACUACACACUGACACCCACCUCAAUACUACAUACUGACACCCACCUCAACACUACACACUGACACCCACCUCAACACUACACACUGACACUCACCUCAACACUAGACACUGACACCCACCUCAACACUACACGCUGACACCCACCUCAAAACACAAACAACAAAACGUGCUCUUCAUCAUAAACGGACCUUUGGUUCUCUUUCCUAAAUCUAGAGCACCAUCUCCAGGAUACCUUAUCAGGUAUAACAGACCUCCACCAUUGCAUCACUUGAUCAACAGCAUAUUCAAUAUAUUAAAUUCAUUAAUUGUGAAUAAUAUAAAAGGUGAAUGAAUAACAUUUUCUAUUCUGUCAGAGGGGUUUUCACCAAGACAGACACCAAGCCUGCUGCCACCUCAUCUACAUCCAAUAGCUUCAGGUAAAUAAAGUAAUGUCAGAGAUUCACUGGCAGCAGUGAUAUCAGAGCUCUACUGGCAGCAGUGAUGUCAGAGCUCUACUGGCAGCAGUGAUGUCAGAGCUCUACUGGCAGCAGUGAUGUCAGAGCUCUACUGGCAGCAGUGAUGUCAGAGCUCUACUGGCAGCAGUGAUGUCAGAGAUCUACUAAACUCAGUAAACGUGCUCGAGUGUGUGACACUGUGUGUGCUAAAGGAUUGUCAGAGAUAACUGUAGUGACUUAAGGGGAUGUGUUUGAUAAGUGUGUUUGUGUGUGUGUUUGUGUGUAUGUGUAUGUGUGUGUGUGUCAUUCCCUCCAGAGUUCCUCACACAGUGCGUCCCACCACAAACCUCCCAGUUCAAACUGAGGACCAGCUUUCCCCAGAGGAGAAGGAGAAACGGUGAGAGACACACAAAAUGCAUCCCAAAUGGCACCCUUUUCCCUUUAUAGAGCUCUACUUUUAACAGAGUGCCAUUUCAGAUGCAGCCUACGAAACUCUUAUUUUACCUCCGAAAAUAGACGUAAAGGAAAAACAAGUCUCAUCUCGUUUCUUUCCCUCUCUCUCUCUCUCUCUCUCUCUCUCUCUCUCUCUCUCCUCUCUCUCUCUCUCUCUCUCUCUCUCUCUCUCUCUCUCUCUCUCUUCCUCUCCUCCCUGCGUCUCUCUCUCUCUCUCUCUCUGUCUCUCCCUCUUUCUCUCUCCGUCUUUCUCCGUCUCUCUCUCUCUCCAUCUGUCCAUCAGGGAGGAAGCAGCCAUGGACGUGCUCAGGAGCUCCUCAGUCCAACAACGCUCCUACGUCCUCUCAGCUGCCAAGAAAUACGAGUAUGUGACUGGUUAUAUAGCUCUCUCUCUCCCUUUCUCUCCCUCUCCCUCCCUCUCUCUAGCUCUUCUCUUUGUCUGUCUCUCUCUCCUCCUCUUUCCAUCUCUAAAUUCCCCUGUUUGUGUCUUAUCUCCUGUUCACCUGACAGUUCUGCAGAUAAACCACCAGAAACCUCCCCGACCCCAGAUGUUCCAUCUUUUGUGGCUAAAAGGUAACUGAUGCCUCUCAAUGGACUGUCCUGUCCUGUUUUGUCCCUCAUGGAAAAUGACGAUGUUGUCUGAAAUGAAAGGCUUGACUGGAGAUGUUUUGUUUUUCUGACAUGUUGUUUCUUGUGUGUCUAAAGGGUGGUGAUCACAGACAAUGAUGACUCUGUCUUCACUGAGACUCCCUCUGUCCCCAAAGAAACAGCUGCACCAUCUGUGAAAGGCGUCUCCCCUGUAUCUGGGAAAGACGUCUCUCCUGUAUGUGUGAAAGACGUCCCUCCUGUAUGCGUGAAAGAUGUCUCUCCUGUAUCUGUGAAAGCUGUCUCUCCUGUAUGUGUGAAAGACUUCCCUCCUGUAUGCGUGAAAGAUGUCUCUCCUGUAUCUGUGAAAGCUGUCUCUCCUGUACGUGUGAAAGACGUCCCUCCUGUAUCUGUGAAAGACGUCCCUCCUGUAUGCGUGAAAGAUGUCUCUCCUGUAUCUGUGAAAGCUGUCUCUCCUGUAUGUGUGAAAGACGUCCCUCCUGUAUGUGUGAAAGACGUCUCUCCUGUAUCUGUGAAAGACGUCUCUCCUGUAUCUGUGAAAGCUGUCUCUCCUGUAUGUGUGAAAGACGUCCCUACUGUAUGUGUGAAAGACGUCCUCCUUCCAGCCCCCGUCAUAGUUGACACCCCAGCAGUGAAGCCAGGGUGUACCAAAAUGGCUACUCCACUUCCUGAGUUGACAGUUGAGGUGAUGAAAAAGUUGUCCCCAGAGAGUGGUGUCCCGUUGAAAGACGUCCCCCCAGUGUACCCUGUAUUAGUGUCCCCUGUCCCAUAUAACUCAUUGAAGACGGAUCCUGCCCCAGUGGACACUCUGACAGCCCUGUCGGACACACUUAUCUCCUUCGACACAGGUUCAUCCAGGUACGGUAUUGAUUCAUUAAUAUAUCUAUUCAUUUGAAUAAGUACAGACUACAAUUAUCAGAUAUGUUGCACCACAGUGUGUGUAGUGUUAAUGGGUAGGCUAUAUACAGCUCUGGGUGAGACUGUUAAAGUUUGUCCACCCCAUUGUCUUUAGAGAAAAUCCAGGAGUCAGUUGUACAGUUUGAUUCCUAGAUGGUUAGAUUCCAGGCUGUAUCACAACCGGCCGUGAUUGGGAGUCCCAUAGGGCGGCGCACAAUUGGCCCAGCGUCGUCCGGGUUUGGCCGGUGUAGGCCGUCAUUGUAAAUAAGAAUUUGUUCUUAACUGACUUGUCUAGUUAAAUAAAGGUAAAAUAAAAUAAAUAUAUAAAUACAAUUCUAAAAUGGAUUAAAUAAAAAUAAUUCCUCAUCAAUCUACACACAAUACCCCAUAUUGACAAAGACAAAACAGGUUUUUAGACAUUUCUGCAAAUUUAUGAAAAAUGUAAAACAGAAAUACAUAAGUAUUCAGACCCUUUGCUAUGAGACUCGAACUUGAGCUCAGGUGCAUCCUUGAGAUGUUUCUACAACUUGAUUGGAGUCCACCUGUGGUAAAUUCAAUUGAUUUGGAAAGGCACACACCUGUCUAUUUAAGGUCCCACAGUUGACAGAGUCAAAACCAAGCCAUGAGAUCGAAGGAAUUGUCCGUAGAGGUCCGAGACAGGAUUGUGUCGAGGCACAGAUCUGGGGAAGGGUACCAAAAAAUGGCUGCAGGUUGAAGGUCCCCAAGAACACAGAGGCCUCCAUCAUUCUUAAAUGGAAGACGUUUGGAACCGUCAAGUCUCUUCCUAGAGCUGGCCUCCCGGCCAAACUGAGCAAUCGGGGGAGAAGUGCCUUGGUCAGGGAGGUGACCAUGAACCUGAUGGUCACUCUGACAGAGCUCCGGAAUUCCUCUGUGGAGAUGGGAGAACCUUGCAGAAGGACAACCAUAUCUGCAGCACUCCACCAAUCAGGCCUUUAUGGUAGAGUGGCCAGACGGAAGCCACAUGACAGCCGCUUGGAGUUUGCCAAAAGGCACCUAAAGGACUCUCAGACCAUGAUAAAUAAGAUUCUCUGGUCUGAUGAAACCAAGAUUGAACUCUUUGGCCUGAAUGCCAAGCAUCACGUCUGGAGGAAACCUGGCACCAUCCCUACGGUGAAGCAUGGUGGUGGCAGCAUCAUGCUGUGGGGAUGUUUUUCAGCGACAGGGACUGGGAGACUAGUCAGGAUUGAGGGAAAGAUGAACCAAGCAAAGUAUAGAGAGAUCUUUGAUGAAAACCUGCUCCAGAGUGCUCAGGAUCUCAGACUGGGGCAAAGGUUCACCUUCCAACAGGACAAUGACCCUAAGCACACAGCCAAGACAACGCAGGAGGGGCUUCGGGACAAGUCUCUGAAUGUCCUUGAGUGGCCCAGCCAGAGCCCGGACUUGAACCCGAUCGAACAUCUCUGGAGAGACCUGAAAAUAGCUGUGCAGCGACGCUCCCCAUCUAAUCUGACAGAGCUUGAGAGGAUCUGCAGAGAAGAAUGGGAGAAACUCCCCAAAUACAGGUGUGCCAAGCUUGUAGCGUCAUACCCAAGAAGACUCGUUGUCCUGUUGGAAGGUGAACUUUCGCCCCAAUCUGGCGUCAUUUUGUGUAUCAGUUCAUAAACCAUGUGCCAUGGAAUCGGUACAUCAAAAAUCUCUUCCCAACUAUUUUGGUGGCAAUAUAAGCCUUUUAAUGCUAUUUUCCCCUCUCCUCCCCUCCCCUCUCCUCUCCUCUCCUCUCCUCUCCUCUCCUCUCCUCUCCUCUCCUCUCCUCUCCUCUCCUCUCCUCUCCUCUCCUCUCCUCUCCUCUCCUCUCCUCUCCUCUCCUCUCCCUCUCCUCUCCUCUCCUCUCCUCCCCUCCCCUCCCCUCCCCUCCCCUCCCCUCCCCUCCCCUCCCCUCCCCUCCCCUCCUUUAUGUGUAGUCUAGAAGAGGAGUUGGUAGAGCCCAUCCCUCCCAGCCCAGGAUUUUGGAGUCAAGAGCUUCUCAGUGGAUCAGACAGGUAGGAAAAGAGGAGACCCCUUAUAUCAGACACUCAUUCAUUCCUCCAUACAUCACAGCGCAUGUGUGUAUCUCAAUUUCAAUUAUUUGUGGGUCCUGUGUUGUCUGUCCCAUUGUGGUGUUGAGGUUGAGGUCCGGGUCUGAGGUGGGCUGUUCUGCUGGCUUCUCUGGGGAAGUGUCCUGCUCUCUGUCACACCUCUCGCUUUCUCACCUCCUCCUUCAGUGCCAUGUCUGCCUCUUUAAGUUCUCUCAGCUCAGUCCGUAGAGCAGCCAGUUCUCUCAGCUCAGUCCGUAGAGCAGCCAGUUCUCUCAGCUCAGUCCCCCUCUCCCCCUAGCCUCUAACCUUUACCCUCUCCCCCUCUCCCCCUAGCCUCUAACCUUUACCCUCUCCCCCUCUACCCCUCCCUAGCCUCAACUUACCCCUCCCCCUAGCCUCUAACCUUACCCUCUCCCCCUAGCCCUAACCUUUACCCUCUCCCCUAGCCUCUAACCUUUACCCUCGCCCCUCUCCCCCCUAGCCUCUAACCUUUACCCUCUCCCCCUAGCCUCUAACCUUUACCCUCUCCCCCUAGCCUCUAACCUUUACCCUCUCCCCCUAGCCUCUAACCUUUACCCUCCCCCUAGCCUCUAACCUUUACCCUCUCCCCCUCUCCCCCUAGCCUCUAACCUUUACCCUCUCCCCCCUUCCCCUCCCCCUAGCCUCUAACCUUUACCCUCUCCCCCUAGCCUCUAACCUUUACCCUCUCCCCCUAGCCUCUAACCUUUACCCUCUCCCCCUCUCCCCCUAGCCUCUAACCUUUACCCUCUCCCCCUCUCCCCCUAGUCUCUAACCUUUACCCCUCUCCCCCCUAGCCUCUAACCUUUACCCUCUCCCCCCUAGCCUCUACCUUACCUUUACCCUCUCCCCCUCUCCCCCUAGCCUCUAACCUUUACCCUCUCCCCUCCCCCCUAGCCUCUAACCUUUACCCCUCCCCCCCUCCCCCUAGCCUCAAAACCUUUACCCUCUCCCCUACCUCUAACCUUUACCCUCUCCCCCUAGCCUCUAACCUUUACCCCCCUCCCCCUACUCACCUUUUCCCUCCCCCUGACCUCUAACCUUUACCCUCUCCCCCUUAUCCUCUAACCUUUACCCUCUCCCCCUAGCCUCUAACCUUUACCCUCUCCCCCUAGCCUCUAACCUUUACCCUCUCCCCUCUCCCCCCAGCCUCUAACCUUUACCUCCCUCCCCCCUAGCCUCUAACCUUUACCCUCUCCCCCUCUCCCCCUAGCCUCUAACCUUUACCCUCUCCCCCUAGCCUCUAACCUUUACCCUCUCCCCCUACCUCAACCUUACCCUCUCCUCCCCCUAGCCUCUAACCUUUACCCUCUCCCCCCUAGCCUCUACCUUUACCCUCCCCCUAGCUCAAACCUCCCUCUCCCCCUAGCCUCUAACCUUUACCCUCUCCCCCUAGCCUCUAACCUUUACCCUCUCCCCCUAGCCUCUAACCUUUACCCUCUCCCCCAUCCCUCCCCCUAACCUCUAACCUUUACCCUCUCCCCCUAGCCUCUAACCUUAAACCCUCUCCCCCCUCUCCCCUAGCCUCAAAACCUUUACCCUCUCCCCCUAGCCUCUAACCUUUACCCUCUCCCCCUCUCCCCCUAGCCUCUAACCUUUACCCUCUCCCCCUAGCCUCUAACCUUUACCCUCUCCCCCUCUCCCCCCUAGCCUCUAACCUUUACCCUCUCCCCCUAGCCUCUAAACCUUUACCCUCUCCCGCCCCCAGCCUCUAACCUUACCCUCUCCCCCCUUUAGCCUCUAACCUUUACCCCUCCCCCUAGCCUCUAACCUUUACCUCUCCCCCAUAGCCUCUACCUUCCCCCUCCCCCUAGCCUCUAACCUUUACCCUCUCCCCCUCUCUCCCCCUAGCCUCUAACCUUUACCUCUCCCCCCUAAGCCUCUAACCUUACUUCCCUCCUCCUUCCCUCCCCCUAGCCUCUAACCUUUACCCUCUCCCCCCUCUCCCCCUAGCCUCUAACCUUUACCCUCUCCCCCUAGCCUCUACCUUACCCUCUCCCCCCUACCUCUAACCUUUACCCUCUCCCCCACCUCAAACCUUACCCUCUCCCCCUCUCCCCCCCGCUCUAACCUGUACCCCUCCCCCUCUCCCCCUCUCCCCCCUAGCCUCUAACCUUUACCCUCUCCCCCCUAGCCUCUAACCUUUACCCUCCCCCCUAGCCUCUAACCUUUCCCCUCCCUCCCCAAAGCCUCUAACCUUUACCCUCUCCCCCUCCCCCCUAGCCUCUAACCUGUACCCUCUCCCCCUCUCCCCCUCCCCCUACCUCUAACCUUUACCCUCUCCCCCCUAGCCUCUAACCUUACCCUCUCCCCCUAGCCUCUAACCUUUACCCGCUCCCCCUCUCCCCCUCCCUAACCUUUACCCUCUCCCCCUAGCCUCUAACCUUUACCCUCUCCCCCUCUCCCCCUAGCCUCUAACCGUACCUCCCCCUCUCUCCCCCCCUAGCCUCUAACCUUUACCCUCUCCCCUAGCCUCUAACCUUUACCCCUCCCCCUCUUUUUAACCCCUCCCCCUAGCCUCUAACCUUUACCCUCUCCCCCUAGCCUCUAACCUUUACCCUCUCCCCUCCUCCCCCCCCUAGCCUCUAACCUUUACCCCUCUCCCCCUGCCUCUAACUUACCCUCUCCCCUAGCCUCUAACCUUUAACCCUCUCCCCCUCUCCCCCUAGCCUCUACCCUUUACCCUCUCCCCCUAGCCUCUACCCUUUACCCUCUCCCUCUAUCCUCUAACCUCUCACCUGAUCUUAAACUACUAGGAUAUGUAGUAUGACACACACAUAGGGUCUGACAUCACAACAAUUGUCUUUCCUAAUGCCACAGGCUUUCCGGACACCAGUUUUGGUUGAAUUGCAGUCUGCCUCUCCACUAUCUUUCCACAUGUUUAUCAUUUAAAGAGUAUAACAUUGCACCCUUCUCCUUCCAUCACAAGUCAAUGAGAUCAGAAUUAAUCAUGUCAUGUUAGUGAUUCAGAGCGAAAUCAGUGUGAAAUUGUUUUUCAAAUCUACUACUACCUGUCACUACUAAAUCUACUACUACUACCGGUCACUACUAAAUCUACUACUACUACCGGUCACUACUAAAUCUACUACUACUACCUGUCACUACUAAAUCUACUACUACUACUACUACCGGUCACUACUAAAUCUACUACUACUACCGGUCACUACUAAAUCUACUACUACUACCGGUCACUACUAAAUCUACUACUACUACCGGUCACUACUAAAUCUACUACUACUACUACUACCGGUCACUACUAAAUCUACUACUACUACCGGUCCAUCUACUACUACUACUACUAACCGUCCACUACUAAAUCUACUACUACUACCUGUCACUACUAAAUCUUUCUACUACUACCUGCCACUACUAAAUCUACUACUAAAUACCGCAAAAUACUAAAUCUACUACUACUAACACCUGCCACUACUAAAUCUACUACUACUACCGGUCACUACUAAAUCUACUACUACCCGGUACUACUAAUCUACUACUACUACUGCCACUACUAAAUCUACUACUACUACCGUCACUACUAAAUCUACUACUACUACCGUCACUACUAAAUCUACUACUACUACCUGUCCACUACUAAAUCUACUACUACUACCUGCACUCAAUCUACUACUAAUCCACUAAACUACUACUAACCUGCCACUACUAAAUCUACUACUACUACCUGUCACUACUAAAUCUACUACUACUACCGGUCACUACUAAAUCUACUACUACUACCUGCCACUACUAAAUCUACUACUACUACCGGUCACUACUAAAUCUACUACUACUACCGGUCACUACUAAAUCUACUACUACUACCGGUCACUACUAAAUCUACUACUACUAACCGUCCACUACUAACUCCUACUACUACUACUACUACUACCCGUCCACUACUAAAUCUACUACUACUACCUGCCACUACUAAAUCUACUACUACUACCUCACUACUAAUCUACUAACUACUAACCGUCACUACUAAAUCUACUACUACUACCGUCACUACUAAAUCUACUACUACUACCGUCCCCUACUACUAAAUCUACUACUACUACUAUACCGGUCACUACUAAAUCUACUAUACUACUACCGGUCCACUACUAAUCUACUACUACUACUACCUGCCACUACUAAAUCUACUACUACUACCUGCCACUACUAAAUCUACUACUACUACCGGUCACUACUAAAUCUACUACUACUACUACCGGUCACUACUAAUCUACUACUACUACCGGUCACUACUAAAUCUACUACUACUAAUCCCUGGCCACUACUAAAUCUACUACUACGCGUCACUACUAACUCUACUACAUACUACUACACUACUACUACUACUACUACUACCGGUCACUACUAAAUCUACUACUACUACUACUACCGGUCACUACUAAAUCUACUACUACUACUACUACCGGUCACUACUAAAUCUACUACUACUACUACUACUACCGGUCACUACUAAAUCUACUACUACUACUACUACCGGUCACUACUAAAUCUACUACUACUACUACUACUAACUACUACUACUACUACUACUACUACUACUACUACUACUACUAAUAAUAAUACUACUACCUGCCACUACUAAAUCUACUACUAUUGUACUUCAAUGUGUUUCAUUCUAACAGUACCAUAUAAUUAUAUUAUUUCAACAGAUAUAGUGUCUCGACCGAGGUAGUGGCCCCUGACAGUCCGACCCCUAGUACUGACUCCAGGUGAGAUCUACUGUACCUGUCUACUGAGAGAGACCACCUGUUAUAUAUACUGUACCUGGGGCCUCCCGAGUGGCGCAGCGGUCUAAGGCACUGCAUCGCAGUGCUUGAGGCGUCACUACAGACCCGGGUUCGAUCCGGGCUGUGUGGCGACCGGGAGACCUAUGAGGCGCCGCACAAUUGGCCCAGCGUCGUCUGGGUUAGGGGAGGGUUUGGCCGGCCGGGAUGUCCUUGUCCCAUCGCGCUCUAGCGACUACUUGUGGCGGGCCGGGCGCAUGCACGCUGACACGGUCACCAGUUGUACAGUGUUUCCUCCUGGCUUCCGGGUUAAGCGAGCUGUGUGUCAAGAAGCAGUGCGGCUUGGCAGAGUCGUGUUUCGGGGGACGCAUGGCUCUCGACUUUCGCCUCUCCCGAGUCCGUACCGGAGUUGCAGCGAUGGGACAAGACUGUAACUACCAAUUGGACAUCAUGAAAUUGGGGAGAAAAAGGGCUAAAAAGUACAAAAAUAAAUAAAUAGAUAAAAUAGAUAUACUGUACCGGUCUACUGAGAGACGUGCUUGUAUCACUUUCAUUGACGUUUUUACACUUGGAUCCACAUUGCUCAUGACGAGUCAGAGCUUUAAAUUAUCUGUUUUAAUCUGUUUUCUGUUUUAAAGUGUGAAUGAAAAUAUGUUGGAGGCCCUUGCAGACGACGUUAUCCCCAUCGACAGGGACACAAACACAACAAGGUAUUUGAAUGUUUCACUGUGUGCAUCCUAUACUAGUGUAUAUUUGUAAACCCCAAUGUUAGAAUUGAGCUCUGUCUCCAGACUAACUGUGGUGUUCUCUCUCUUUCUCUCUCUCUCUCUCUCUCUCUACAGACUGACAUGGAAGAGGUCCUGGGACGUCAACCCCAUCACUUCCACAGACAAGAGGUGAAUGAACCUCCUCACAGAUCGUCACUUAUAUAGAUCCACACUGCCACCUCCCAAGCCCACAUCAAACCACCCAUCCAUCCAUGACCCCAGGGGGUUGUACUAAAAGCCUUUUAUGUUCUCUCAUGUCAGUGAGGAUGAGGAGGAUGAGGAGCAGGAGGAGCAGGAGGAUCCACAGGUAUCCCUGGUCACGGUUCAGAAACAGUAAGCCACCUCUAUAUUAAAGGCUCUGGAAAUCCCCCACCCCCCACCACUGAAUCACUCCUCACACACACACCCUCAGCCUCUUUCUAUAACCUCCAUCAGUAACACCCUCAGCCUCUUUCUAUAACCUCCAUCAGUAACACCCUCAGCCUCUUUCUAUAACCUCCAUCAGUAACACCCUCAGCCUCUUUCUAUAACCUCCAUCAGUAACACCCUCAGCCUCUUUCUAUAACCUCCAUCAGUAACACCCUCAGCCUCUUUCUAUAACCUCCAUCAGUAACACCCUCAGCCUCUUUCUAUAACCUCCAUCAGUAACACCCUCAGCCUCUUUCUAUAACCUCCAUCAGUAACACCCUCAGCCUCUUUCUAUAACCUCCAUCAGUAACACCCUCAGCCUCUUUCUAUAACCUCCAUCAGUAACACCCUCAGCCUCUUUCUAUAACCUCCAUCAGUAACACCCUCAGCCUCUUUCUAUAACCUCCAUCAGUAACACCCUCAGCCUCUUUCUAUAUCCUCCAUCAGUAACACCCUCAGCCUCUUUCUAUAACCUCCAUCAGUAACACCCUCAGCCACAGACUGAACUGGUGCUGCUGUAUAUAGGACAUAGUUCAGAUAUAUACCCGUUACCACUUUCCCUUACAUCUCUAGUAAACUGAUCUCUUUACAUCCAUCACUAUGUACAUGAUGUUACUGUAUCUUGCUAUGGGAGUGGUAUGAAUGAUGUCUUAAUGGUUUGUGUUUGUUUGUGUGUGUGUUGUAGGUCAUCUGAGAGUGAUUCUCCAUGGGAUAGAUGGAGUGCACCUACUGUCUAUAAAGAGAAGGAGACUGAGAAAAGGUAUGACCUUUAUCAUUUUACAAUCCCUAUAGGACUUACUAGUCUUUAUUUUACAACACAAUGCCUUUAAUCAUUUACUAACAUUAUCAGCAUAAUGUUAGAAGCAUGUCAGAGAGAGAGAGAGAGAGAGAGAGAGAGAGAUUUUAAAUGUCUUUAUUAUUUUGGAACUUUUGUGAGUGUAAUAUUUACUGUUCAUUUUUUAUUGUUUAUUUCACUUUUGUUUACUAUCUACUUCACUUGCUUUGGCAAUGUUAACAUACGUUUCCCAUGCCAAUAAAGAGCGAUAGAGAAAGAAAGAGUGAGGUAAUGGUUAACUGCAGUAUGACUAGAAGGGGAGGAGAGGUCGGUCAGUUAAGGUAGGGUAACACUACAGGAAAGAAGUGUCAGAACACACCUUUAUUAGCCAGUAAAGCAGCCAGAGACACAUCAUCCCUGUCAUUCAUCUACAUACCUCUGGAAGGGGGAACGACUGGUAGAAGGAGACAUACUCUUUAUAAGGAGCCAUAAAGCUUAGCAUCACAGAGAAGUGAAAUCAAAAAGUCUAGCUGGUUGUCUAUUGACACACAGCUUAGCAUCACCGUUGAGAAGUGACAAGUUAGAAGAAGAAGUGACAAGUUAGAGACUUGGAUGAGAACCCACUUGGACACACACUGGUUGAAUCAACAUUGUUUCCACGUCAUUUCAAUGAAAUUACGUUGAACCAACGUGGAAUAGACAUUGAAUUGACGUCUGUGCUCAGUGUGGCUAUUGGAAGCCAUUCUCUAGAAGUGGAUGUUCUGACUGAUAUUACUGUCUCUCCAUCACAGAGACCCAGAGCCUUCAAUGGACCGGUGAGUGUAUCAUGUUAUCUGUCUUACACAGCAACAUCUUAAUAUCUCUUCAUGUUUCCUCUAAAUCUUUACAACAUUCUCAUUGCUGCUGUGCUAAGGAAGGGGUAAGGGAAACCUAAUGCAUGUUGUAGUUGGAGAUAGGGUAGGGACUCUAUGAUAGUAAGGAAUCUAUUGGUAGUAAGAUAGGAAACCAAAUACAUGUGAUAUUUUGGGGACACUAAAGAUGAAUCCAGGAGAAACUGUGAGAGUCAUAGUACAUUACAUUUACAUUUAAGUCAUUUAGCAGACGCUCUUAUCCAGAGCGACUUACAAAUUGGUGCAUUCAACUUAUGAUAGCCAGUGGGACAACCACUUUUUUUCUUCUUUUUUUUAUGGGGGGGGUGGGGGAGGUAGAAGGAUUACUUUAUACUAUUCCAGGUAUUCCUUAAAGAGGUAGGGUUUCAAGUGUCUCCGGAAGGUGGUCAGUGACUCCGCUGUCCUGGCGUCGUGGGGGAGCAUGUUCCACCAUUGGGGUGCCAGAGCAGCAAAUAGCUUUGACUGGGCUGAGUGGGAACUGUGCUUCCGUAGAGGUAGGGGAGCUAGCAGGCCAGAGGUGGAUGAACGUAGUGCCCUCGUUUGGGUGUAGGGUCUGAUCAGAGCCUGAAGGUAAGGAGGUGCCGUUCCCCUCACAUCUCCGUAGGCAAGCACCAUGGUUUUGUAGUAGAUGCGAGCUUCAACUGGAAGCCAGUGGAGUGUGUGGAGGAGCGGGGUGACAUGAGAGAACUUGGGAAGGUUGAACACCAGACGGGCUGCGGCAUUCUGGAUGAGUUGUAGGGGUUUAAUGGCACAGGCAGGGAGCCCAGCCAACAGCGAGUUGCAGUAAUCCAGACGGGAGAUGACAAGUGCCUGGAUUAGGACCUGUGCCGCUUUCUGUGUAAAGUAGGGUCGUACUCUGCAAAUGUUGUAGAGCAUGAACCUGCAGGAUUGGGUCACCGCUUUGAUGUUAGCGGAGAACGACAGGGUGUUGUCCAGGGUCACACCAAGGUUCCUUGCACUCUGGGAGGAGGACACAAUGGAGUUGUCUACCGUGAUAGUACAUACAUGUUAUCCAGGAGAAACUGUGAGGUCAUAGUACAUACAUGUUAUCCAGGAGAAACUGUGAGGGUCAUAGUACAUACAUGUUAUCCAGGAGAAACUGUGAGGUCAUAGUACAUACCGGUUAUCCAGGAGAAACUGUGAGGGUCAUAGUACAUACCGGUUAUCCAGGAGAAACUGUGAGGUCAUAGUACAUACAUGUUAUCCAGGAGAAACUGUGAGGUCAUAGUACAUACCGGUUAUCCAGGAGACACUGAGGUCAUACAGUGAGGGAAAAAAGUAUUUGAUCCCCUGCUGAUUUUGUACGUUUGCCUUCUGACAAAGACAUAAUCAGUCUAUAAUUUUAAUGGUAGGUUUAUUUGAACAGUGAGAGGUAGAAUAGCAACAAAAAAAUCCAGAAAAACGCAUGUCAAAAAUUGAUUUGCAUUUUAAUGAGCCUAAUAAGUAUUUGACCCCUCUGCAAAACAUGACUUAGUACUUGGUGGCAAAACCCUUGUUGGCAAUCACAGAGGUCAGACGUUUCUUGUAGUUGGCCACCAGGUUUGCACACAUCUCAGGAGGGAUUUUGUCCCACUCCUCUUUGCAGAUCUUCUCCAAGUCAUUAAGGUUUCGAGCCUGAUGUUUGGCAACUCGAACCUUCAACUCCCUCCACAGAUUUUCUAUGGGAUUAAGGUCUGGAGACUGGCUAGGCCACUCCAGGACCUUAAUAUGCUUCUUCUUGAGCCACUCCUUUGUUGCCUUGGCUGUGUGUUUUGGGUCAUUGUCAUGCUGGAAUACCCAUCCACGACCCAUUUUCAAUGCCCUGGCUGAGGGAAGGAGGUUCUCACCCAAGAUUUGACGGUACAUGGCCCCGUCCAUCGUCCCUUUGAUGCGGUGAAGUUGUCCUGUCCCCUUAGCAGAAAAACACACCCAAAGCAUAAUGUUUCCACCUCCAUGUUUGACGGUGGGGAUGGUGUUCUUGGGGCCAUAGGCAGCAUUCCUCCUCCUCCAAACAGGGCGAGUUGAGUUGAUGCCAAACAGCUCGAUUUUGGUCUAAUCUAACCACAACACUUUCACCCAGUUCUCCUCUGAAUCAUUCAGGUGUUCAUUGGCAAACUUCAGACGGGCCUGUAUAUGUGCUUUCUUGAGCAGGGGGACCUUGCGGGCGCUGCAGGAUUUCAGUCCUUCACGGCGUAGUGUGUUACCAAUUGUUUUCUUGGUGACUAUGGUCCCAGCUGCCUUGAGAUCAUUGACAAGAUCCUCCCGUGUAGUUCUGGGCUGAUUCCUCACCGUUCUCAUGAUCAUUGCAACUCCACGAGGUGAGAUCUUGCAUCUUGCAUGGAGCCCCAGGCCGAGGGAGAUUGACAGUUCUUUUGUGUUUCUUCCAUUUGCGAAUAAUCGCACCAACUGUUGUCACCUUCUCACCAAGCUGCUUGGCGAUGGUCUUGUAGCCCAUUCCAGCCUUGUGUAGGUCUACAAUCUUGUCCUUGACAUCCUUGGAGAGCUCUUUGGUCUUGGCCAUGGUGGAGAGUUUGGAAUCUGAUUGAUUGAUUGCUUCUGUGGACAGGUGUCUUUUAUACAGGUAACAAGCUUAGAUUAGGAGCACUACCUUUAAGAGUGUGCUCCUAAUCUCAGCUCGUUACCUGUAUAAAAGACACCUGGGAGCCAGAAAUCUUUCUGAUUGAGAGGGGGUCAAAUACUUAUUUCCCUCAUUAAAAUGCAAAUAAAUUCAUAACAUUUUUGACAUGUGUUUUUCUGGAUGUUUUUGUUGUUAUUCUGUCUCUCACUGUUCAAAUAAACCUACCAUUAAAAUUAUAUACUGAUCAUUUCUUUGUCAGUGGGCAAACGUACAAAAUCAGCCGGGGAUCAAAUACUUCUUUCCCUCACUGUCCCAGUAUAGCCUGUCCUGUGUUUUCCUGUCCCAUUCUAUUUAUCUGCUAUGUUCUAUUUCACCCAUAAUAACAAAUCUACCCUGACACACUGUCUGGUAUACAAUAUUAUUUCCUCUAGUUCUAACUCCUACUCCAGCACCUUGGACAGUUCUGCAAACCAGAGACCCAAGUCACCAGACACUGAGUCCAAGAAGUGAGUGAAUCAUGAGAAGGAUGGGGGUAUAACUUUAGAAGUACAGUGAGUAAUAACAGUUACCAUAGUAGUGAUGGUUACUAUCAAUGUGAUGGUUACAAUAAGUACCUCUCUCUCUCAACCCUUCACCCCCCACCCCCCACCCUUCACCCCCACCCCCCACCCUUCACCCCCACCCCCACCCUUCUCUCUCUCCUCUCUCAGGGGUUUUGUAUAUCUGAAGGAGUAUGUGAACGCUACAGACCUAACCAAACACAACACUAGAGACGAUCCUGACUAUGUAACGUCUAGUUCUAGCAGCCAUUUCUACAGCAGCCCCUCCUCUUCCACCAGGUAACAAUACUUUUGUCCACUCCUCCAUUUGAAAACAACUCCUAGGCCCUUGUUGUUCAAAUCUGAAGGAACCCAGAUAGGUGUAAUCAACACGGCAGAAGGAAGCUACAAGGCUAGAUGGGUGGAGUGGGGUCAUCUCCAUAUUCAAAUCAAACUUUAUUGCUUACACCUAUCCGGUUCCUUCAGAUUGGCAAAGAAGUGGUAUGGACACCAAGGUUAAAAUAAAUAAAAAAUAGGUCAUUUAGCAGACGCUCUUAUCCAGAGCGACUUACAGGAGCAAUUAGGGUUAAGUGCCUUGCUCAAGGGCACAUCGACAGAUUUUUCACCUAGUCGGCUCGGGGAUUAGAACCAGCGACCUUUCGGUUACUGGUGCCACGCUCUUAACCACUAAGCUACCUGCCGCCCAGGUUAUUAUAGUAAAUGAAAACUGAAACUAAAAUAAAAAAAAAUUGGAAAAACGAUUUAGUAAACUGAAAUAAAAAUGAAAACUAUUAUCUUUGACUGAAAAAAUAAACGUUAGAGUUUUUUUUCAUGUAAACUUUGGCCAAAAAUCUAAUGGGGUUUUCAAGCUUUUUUUCUUCCUAAUGUGGUUUUCGAGCUUCUGAAUCUGGCAGGUAAAUGCCGAUGUUUCAAAUAGACAUAGCUUGUGCAUCACUGUCAUUAGCGAUCACUAGCUAACAGGGAAGAAAUCCGAGGGUGAGCACAGAGCGUGACUGGGCCAAGCUAGAACAGCUUGUCAAAUUGUUGGAGCCGUUCGCAAUCCACACCGACCAACUUCAAACUGACAGCCAGUCGCUGUCUGAUGUGUUGCUGUGCCUUCUCAACCUUGAGGUACACUUGCAGUCACUACUGUUGCAAAACAGUUGGCACAGGUCCUCCUGACGUCACUGUGUGAGCGCUUUGCAUGCAUACUGAAUCACUGUCACUGUCCAGCCGGAGGGUUACCUGGCAGGGCAUUAAGUGCCCCGUGUGAGCUGUGGAAAUACCUGGAAGAGGUAAAGGGGGGGGUGUUUACAGAGUCACCUCUCCAGUUCUGGCAGGAUGGCUGUUUAUCCAAAGCUGUGUCCUGUAGGACUGGAUCUGGUGUCUGCCCCUGCAUCCCAAGAGUUCUAAACCAGAAAAUCUCCCACUGGCUGGCUGGCAGGCUGGCUGGCUGGCUGGCUGGCUGGCUGGCUGGCUGGCAGGCUAUGAACUGAUAGAUUUGUGAAGAAGUGUUUUUGCUGCUUUUGUUUCAGCUGUUUCUAGUAACCCUAUUUGAAGGGGUUUAGUCAGUGAGACAUGGGGUUAGUCAGUGAGACAUGGGGUUAGUCAGUGAGACAUGGGGUUAGUCAGUGAGACAUGGGGUUAGUCAGUGAGACAUGGGGUUAGUCAGUGAGACAUGGGGUUAGUCAGUGAGACAUGGGGUUAGUCAGUGAGACAUGGGGUUAGUCAGUGAGACAUGGGGUUAGUCAGUGAGACAUGGGGUUAGUCAGUGAGACAUGGGGUUAGUCAGUGAGACAUGGGGUUAGUCAGUGAGACAUGGGGUUAGUCAGUGAGACAUGGGGUUAGUCAGUGAGACAUGGGGUUAGUCAGUGAGACAUGGGGUUAGUCAGAGAGACAUGGGGUUAGUCAGUGAGACAUGGGGUUAGUCAGUGAGACAUGGGGUUAGUCAGUGAGACAUGGGGUUAGUCAGAGAGACAUGGGGUUAGUCAGUGAGACAUGGGGUUAGUCAGUGAGACAUGGGGUUAGUCAGAGAGACAUGGGGUUAGUCAGUGAGACAUGUUUAAUAUUACAUGACUUAAUCUGUUGAUUCUUCCUCUCUCUGUCUGUCAGAUAACGGUAAAGGUACUCGAUUCUUUUGACAUCUGCUACUAAAGUUAAAAAAGCAUUGGUUUGGUGUAAACAUGGGCAAGAGAGUUUCCUUCCACCAUAUUUCUUGCACCAGUCUAGGCACUUAUCCUUUAAAUCCAAGUCACAUUAGGAUUGAUUUGUAAUUUAAACCUAACCAAACCUAUUUCCAGGCCACAGAGUUGUAUGGAGUCUAGUGGCCAAAAGCCUGUGUUUGCAUGGGUAGCGACAUUGAGGACUUUCACCAUUUUGAUUUAGUCAACUGAGCGGGACUCCCAACUUCAUCCUGAUGACCCGGUUGGCAUGACCUGAUGACCCGGUUGGAGUCGUGACAGCCGGGUCAUCAGGAGGGAUCAGCCAAUUCAUUUUACUAGUGAAGAAGUAAAUGUACUACUUCAAAAUGGAGAUGGCCUCAAUGGCGCUGCUCAUGUUGUCACAGAUACAGAUACAGAGAUGUUAUGUAUGGAGGACUAAAAGUGCCACAAUUAAAUAAAUAAAUACACCAUUAAAUAAUUACUUAAAUGUGUCAUUAAUUAAUUAAAAUUAGAAUUAAAUACAUAAAUGUGUAAUUAAAUGUAUCAUUAAUUAAUUCAAAUACCGAUUCAUUUUAUGUAAAAUACAUAUAUAAUUAUUUCACUAUUUACAUUUACAUUUCAUGAUCCUGCAUUGCAGUGAUUCAUGAAUUACUUAAAACUGUCAAACUGACCCAUCAAAGUCAGUGGGCGGGGCUAACGCGAAUCUAGUCUGAUCCAUUGCUUUGGUCUGAAGUAGAGUAGGCCAACCUGGAUAGAGACAAUGGAGGAUCUCCGUGAACUUUCCAGGGAGUUGGUUAGAGACAUUUUAAACUUAGCAGAGGAUGUAGAAGCAGGACCUGCUGACAUUAUCCGGAAUUGAUUUGUCUUGGCUUGAUGCAGAGGGUAACCAAUCAGGCGUUAGGUUCCGCCUACCAACUUUUGAUGGGUCAGUUUGACAGUUUUAAGUAAUUCAGGAAGCACUCCAACGCAGGACCAUGAAAUGUAAAUGUAAAUAGUGAAAUAAUUAUAUAUGUAUUUUACAUAAAAUGAAUCGGUAUUUGAAUUAAUUAAUGACACAUUUAAUAACACAUUUAUGUAUUUAAUUCUAAUUUUAAUUAAUUAAUGACACAUUUAAGUAAUUAUUUAAUGGUGUAUUUAUUUAUUUAAUUGUGGCACUUUUAGUCCUCCAUAGUUAUGUCUAUCACCUUAUGUAUAAACUAUAGGCCUACAACAGAAAUGGCUCCUAGCCUCUCACCAAUAGGCUACUUUCUAAAACUGAAACUAAAUAAUAUACAACCGAAACAGAAAUGCUUUUAUUAAACUGAAAGUAAAUAAAAAAGUGUAAAUAAAGUCUGAAAACCAACUGAAACUAAACUUCAAAUAAAACUCUAAAAACGAAUAACUAAUAUUAAAUCACAAAACUAUAAUAACCCUGGAAACGCGUACCAUUUUGUCUCGCCUUGGCUGGAAACUUGUAGAUACAGGCUUUGACCGAAUAGAGCUAUGUCCCAUGCUGAACACCCCCCCCCCCCCCCCCUCUACUAGGUCUACCAUGACGUCUGCCUGUACGUAUUGUGGAGAGCAGGUGGGCAACGAUGCCAAGAUCACCAUCGAGCACCUAAACAUCUCCUGCCACCCGGCCUGCUUCAAGGUAACUAAACCUGGUUAUUAACAUGUUAUAUGUUAAACUCUGGUUACAAUCAUGUUUAUAGGUUAUACACUUUGACCCUGUAUCAACUGUAGUGGCUGCGGUAGUUGUAAAAGUGGUUGUUUCAGUGGUGUAGCAGCCGUGUUGCUAGCAGGUAAAAUUAUUGCAGACUAGAACUAAGCCGAAGCGUUCAUAUAGUCUUGGCUGUGUUACAUUAACAAUAUGCUAUGUUGUUGUUGUUGCAGUGUGGUGUUUGCAGUAAGCCAAUGGGAGACUUUCUGUUCAACAUGUUCCUGCACAAAGGGACCGUCCACUGUGAGAGCUGCUACUCCAACGUCUUCUAG